AUGAGCAGCCCACGGCGCAGGAUCGAGACAGAUGUCAUGAACGACGUCGCAGCGCGAACCCUCAACCGGACUGACACGCGCAGGCUCAUGAGUGACUACGAGGUGACUCUAGUCAACGACAACAUCCCCGCGCCCGGCACCGACUCCACGUCCACCGACCCUCACACCGCGACAGGCAAGACACCAUUCGAGGGCGGUCUGUGGAAGGUCCAUGUCGAGUUACCAGAUUCGUACCCGUAUAAGAGCCCGAGCAUAGGAUUCGUGAACCGCAUCUUCCACCCCAACAUUGACGAGUUGUCCGGCUCGGUGUGCCUCGACGUCAUCAACCAGACGUGGUCCCCCAUGUUCGAUAUGAUCAACAUCUUCGAGGUGUUCCUGCCACAGCUCCUGCGCUACCCGAACCCAACGGACCCCCUGAACGGCGAGGCGGCUGCUCUCUUGAUUAGGGAGCCCAAGAGCUACGAAGCCAAGGUCAAGGAGUACGUGCAAAAGUAUGCGACAAAGGACGCCGCCGACGAGGCCGGUGCCGAGAGCGAAGAUGACGACGACAUGUCCUCGGUUGCCAGUUUCGACAACGACGAGGACGAAGAGCCUGCCGGCCAAAUGGACGACGUAUGA